AUGUCUUUAUUCCUAAACGCAUUUAAUGCACAAGAGGCAGACCCUGUAAAGAUCGAAAAUGCUACCACGCAAUUUAUGAUGAUGCAAAGAACAUUCAAUGGAAUUUUAGAUACCUGCAUGGCAAAAUGUCUUCAAUUAAACCAAGGUGAUAGUGGUGAUCUAGCUAAAGGAGAACAAGUAUGCGUGGAUAGAUGCGUUGCUAAGAUAUUUAGAACACACAUGAUUGUGCAUGAGCAUUUACGAGGGGAUAUGUUCCGUGGUAGAGACACACUUACCAAAUUACAACCCAGAAUAAUUGCAGAUGGAGAUAAGAUUGAAGUCACCAAGCUAGAAUUGAAACUUAUUGAAGAGGGUAGAAAAUCUUAA